CAACCUGACCACCUACUAUCUAGAAGGUGAAGGACAACUAGAAAGUUUUGCUCAAUUCCAUCUUCUGCCACUACCAGAAUGCCACCUCCCUGAGGGAAAAGGUUUUUGAUCCUCAGUCAGGAUUCUCAGCAUCUCUUAUCCGAUAGCUUUGGAAUGAAUGACAAGGCCUUCAUAACAGCCACUGCAACUGCUGUCUCCUUUCCUUUGCUACCCCUCCCGCUCCAGCCAUGCCUGCUUCCCCCAAGACCUUCCGUGCUCCAGGCCCAAACUCCAAAGCCAGCAACUUAGACAAGAGUCCUCUGGCUUUGGAAAGAGGGUGGCUUUUGCUUUCCUCCUCGUGUUUCCUCCCCAGCAAAAUUGCCCUCUACAUAGAGAGGCCUCUCCUUGUGGACACCAGCAAAGCCACCGACCUCGGUGACAAACCCCAGGGAAUCUCCCCAAGGAAUCUCAAAGCGAGAGAGAGAGAGAGAGAGAGUCGAGAGAGAGAGAGAGAGAGAGAGAGAGAGAGAGAGAGAGAGAGAGAGUCUUGCUUUCGAACAAAGAAAAAGGAAAUAAAAAGACCCGAUAAUCUCAAAAGGUUAUUUGCUGCUUGAAAUUUGUGAUUCGGUGUAUUCUACCCAGCAACUGCUGAGAAAUAAGGUUCGACACCAUUGGCUGGUUCACUCACACCCGGCCAAUCCUGGACUCUAAAAUACUUAGGGAACUCUUGGGACUGUGGAAGCCCAGUAAACCAGAUUUCGGUUCCUGCAUCUCCAAACAUGGCGACCUAGGAAAAAGGGAAGAACAAUUUUUUCUCCUCUUUUGGGAAGGUUUGUGUCUAGUAGUGCCUGUGCCCCUGGGCAGAUUGGAGAGAAGAGGGACGACUGGAGAAUCGUCGAGAACCAGCGGAGAAAAGAAAAAGCAACGUUAAUUCUAGAAGGCCUCCUGUCCCUGCCUGCCCUGGGUGCUCAUGGAAUCAGCUGCUGCUCUGCACUUCUCCCGGCAAGCCUCCCUCCUCCUCCUCCUCCUCCUCCUCCUCCUCAGCCUGUGUGCACUGGUCUCAGCCCAGUUUAUUGUCGUGGGGCCAGCGAAUCCCAUCCUGGCCACGGUGGGAGAAAACACUACGUUACGCUGCCAUCUGUCACCCGAGAAAAAUGCUGAGGACAUGGAGGUGCGGUGGUUCCGGUCUCAGUUCUCCCCCGCAGUGUUUGUGUAUAAGGGUGGCAGAGAGAGAACAGAGGAGCAGAUGGAGGGGUACCGGGGAAGAACCACCUUUGUGAGCAAAGACAUCAGCAGGGGCAGCGUGGCCCUGGUCAUACACAACGUCACAGCCCAGGAAAACGGCACCUACCGCUGUUACUUCCAAGAAGGCAGGUCCUACGAUGAGGCCAUCCUGCACCUCGUAGUGGCAGGACUGGGCUCUAAGCCCCUCAUUGAAAUGAGGGGCCAUGAAGACGGGGGCAUCCGGCUGGAGUGCAUAUCUAGAGGGUGGUACCCAAAGCCCCUCACAGUGUGGAGGGACCCCUACGGUGGGGUUGUGCCUGCCCUGAAGGAGGUCUCCAUGCCUGAUGCAGACGGCCUCUUCAUGGUCACCACAGCUGUGAUCAUCAGAGACAAGUCUGUGAGGAACAUGUCCUGCUCUAUCAACAACACCCUGCCCGGCCAGAAGAAAGAAAGUGUCAUUUUUAUUCCAGAAUCCUUUAUGCCCAGUGUGUCUCCCUGUGCAGUGGCCCUGCCUAUCAUUGUGGUUAUUCUGAUGAUACCCAUUGCCAUAUGCAUCUAUUGGAUCAACAAACUCCAAAAGGAAAAAAAGAUUCUGUCAGGGGAAAAGGAGUUUGAACGGGAAACAAGAGAAAUUGCUGUAAAGGAACUGGAGAAAGAACGUGUGCAAAAAGAGGAAGAACUUCAAGUAAAAGAGAAACUUCAAGAAGAAUUGCGAUGGAGAAGAACAUUCUUACAUGCUGGCUGGAGUGCCAUGGCACAAUCUGGGCUCACUGCAACCUCUGCCUCCCGGGUUCAAGCAAUUCUCGUGCCUCAGCCUCCUGAGUAGCUGGGAUUACAGGUGUGCACCACCAUGCCCGGCUAAUUUUUGUAUUUUUAGUAGAGAUGGGGUUUCACCAUGUUGUCCAGGCUGGUCUUGAACUCCUGACCUCAGGUGAUCCACCUGCCUCAGCCUCCCAAAGUUCUGGGAUUACAGGGGUGAAUCACCACGCCUGGCCAGAGAUCAUAUGUCUUGAAUAGAAAAGGGAACACAUCUUAGAAUGCUGAGAGAAAGUAUAAGAAUGAUUGAUUUUACUUCAUUUGCUGAACUUUCCGGAUUUCUUAGAGCUCCAGUUCUUCUCAAACUGAGAGAACUGCUUCUGUCUCUGGAGAGACAGAAGUGCAGCUUCAGUAAUUCUCAGUGUGUGAGCUGCCUAGGAUCAGAGAGCCUUCAUGGAAGUGGCCACUACAUGGCGAUCCCUUCAAAGAUAUCUGAGACCUCUCUGGGGAUCAGGAACCACACAAUCCCCAGGGUUCCUGAGACCCCAGGCCUAAACCUGAGACUUCCUCUGCAGUCGAUGUGGUCCUGGAUCCAGACACCGCUCAUCCCGAUCUCUUCCUGUCAGAGGACCGGAGAAGUGUGAGAAGGUGCCCCUUCAGGCACCUAGGGGAGAGCGUGCCUGACAACCCAGAGAGAUUCGACAGUCAGCCUUGUGUCCUAGGCCGGGAGAACUUCACUUCAGGGAAACAUUACUGGGAGGUGGAGGUGGAAAACGUGAUUGAGUGGACUGUGGGGGUCUGUAGAGACAGUGUUGAGAGGAAAGGGGAGGUCCUGCUGAUUCCUCAGAAUGGCUUCUGGACCUUGGAGAUGCAUAAAGGGCAAUACCGGGCCGUGUCCUCCCCUGAUAGGAUUCUCCCUUUGAAGGAGUCCCUUUGCCGGGUGGGCGUCUUCCUGGACUAUGAAGCUGGAGAUGUCUCCUUCUACAACAUGAGGGACAGAUCGCACAUCUACACAUGUCCCCGUUCAGCCUUUUCCGUGCCUGUGAGGCCCUUCCUCAGGUUGGGGUGUGAGGACAGCCCCAUCUUCAUCUGCCCUGCACUCACAGGAGCCAAUGGGGUCACGGUGCCUGAAGAGGGCCUGACACUUCACAGAGUGGGGACCCACCAGAGCCUAUAGAAUCAAUUCCUUGGUCUCACAGCCAUGUAGACAAGCCCUGGUCAUCUCAGCAGCCACCGCACAACGCCCCUGGUGGAAGACACGCCCUCCUCCCCUCUGGUCACACAAGAGAACAUCUUCCAGCUGCCUCUUUCACACCCACUCCAGCCCUCAGCCCCAGUUUUCUCCUCCUCACUAGGCUGUGUUUUUAGUAGCUCCUUUGCUUAUAACUAUGGGAUGGGAUCCAGGCAUAGGGAACUAGUUGUUACACAGCUCCCAGCCAAGAAGAAAGUGUGAGAAGUUGAUGGGCAGCAAACCUGCUGUUUAACAUCAGGGUGACCACAUUGAGCCCAGUAUUCCAGUUGGCACCAGAAGAUAUGGACUUGGAAUGAGGCCUACAGGGUUCAACAGGAUGUAAGAGGAGAGAGGAAUCAACAGGACCACCAGAGAGGAGAGGGAACCAGAUAUGCAGAUCAGAGAUAGAGGAAGUGGAACCAGAGAGCUGGGAGGGACCAAGGUUGUAAGGGUGGCUAAGUCCCACCAUAACAGCUAAGGGAACCUGGGAGAUGAUGGCUCAUUUCCACCCAGCCCCAGGAUUUCCAGAGCGCACAUCCAAAGGCCUGGACCUGGGAUGAAGAUGAAUGAAGAACAUGGAUGCAUGUGGAUGCGGUUUGGUUCAGGUGUCCCUGCAGUUGGCAAGGAGUCAGUACUCAGUCCCUGAGUGUGGUUGAAAUUUGAGGUCCUGGCUGAGCCAAGGAGUAAUGGACCAGAUCUACCUCAGUAUUCAGGUUCAGUAGGGACACCAGUGGCUUCAAACUUCCUGGUUUCAUGAUAUCUUGAGACACCUUAAAAAUGAUGGAGGAUUCAAAAGAGUUUUUGUUUAUUUGGGUUAAUAUUUGUUGAUAUUUAUGGCAUUUGAGAUUGAAACUAAGAAAUGUUUUAAUUUACUACCUUUACAACAUUUAUUUACAUUACAUACAUACAUUUACAACAUUUAUUAAUUUAUAUUAAAAUAGCAUGAAUAAGCCAAUUAUAGGUUAAUAUAAGUAGAAUGUUUGUGAAAAAUAAGUAUGGUAUCCAAAGCAAAAUAAAUUUUAUUGUGAAGUGUGGCA